UCCGAACCGAAAAUUUCCAAAAAAAAAUUCGGAUCCGGAUCCGCCAACCUUACUGUAGGAAAUAUUUCAAAGAUUUUUCUGAGGGCUUAGGGAAAUUAUUGUCAUUAAUUUUGUCCGAUCCAAAAAUUUCCGGACCUUUUACAUAUUUUUUUAAUUUUUUUUCCUUUUUUAGUAACAGUACCAGUAGCAGCCCUGGAGCUACUCCAACAACAUUACAACAACAAGCAACAAACCUAAACAAACUUGCAGUUCCCGUUGUUGAAGUUCCUGUAGUAGCGCCUGUUGUUGUUCCUGUUGAUUUACCUGCUGGGACACAAAUUGUUGUUGAGGCACAAGUUUUGACUUCAGACGUUGAUCGUACUAUUGCUGAGGUGGAAAAGUUGGAAAGACAAGAAAGACAAGCAGCUAUUCAUCAACAACAACAGCAACAACAAAAUGAUCCUUCAAUUAAUCUUUUGGUUAAUUCACAACAAAAACAAAAUUUACAGCAACAAACAGAUAUUGGACAAUCUUUAAUUUCUUCUUCUAUUAAUUUAACUCAAAUGGCCGUCCCUACACUUUCUGGAUCUUUACAAAAUAAUUCUGGGGGAAAUAUUUCCGGUUCCUCUAUUAAUUUUGGAGCCAGAGGAGUUGUUAGUAAUAAUAGUCAACAACAACAACAUCCAAAUUCCAUGAGGACUUUGUUUUGUCGAAAAUGUGAAGGUCACGGUCUUCAAAUAGCACUUAAAGGCCAUGCAAGUUCUUGCCCUUAUAAUAGUUGUACUUGCAAAACGUGUCAAAAUGUUAUGAGCCUUAGAGCUAAUGCCAUAAUUAGGAGAUAUCGAACACGUACUUCUGAAUGCGGGUUGGUACUGAAACCGGUACAUUUCAAGAAUGGCAACACUCGAUUAAGGGUCUUUCCGAAGUUUAUUAGUGAAGAAGAAUGCCUCCCAAUACCCCCAGGAACACCUCGAACUGUUGAACAACAAUUAAUAGGAAAUAUCUCAGAAGAACAAUUAAUUAGUAGCGGAAAUUCUGAACAAAAUAUUUGCCAACAAAAUAAUUCAUUACCUCCUUCCUCUUCAUUUUCCUUUGGUUCUUCUUCAUCAGCAACUGGAGUUUCUUUAAUUUCAAAAGCUCUGAGUUUAAGAAAUUUAUCAACAACUAAUUAUGGGACUGAAGGGAUAAUUACUCCAAUAAAUAUUUCUAAUUUAUCUUGUGAUAAAAGAAUUGCUAAUAGUGAUUCUAAUGAAAAUAUGGAUAUAAAUUCACCAAAACGUGCCCAUUCUCUCGAAGGAAAUUUAACUAACACAACAGCUCCAAAUACCCCAAUGGAAGAUAUAAUAAUAGCUGACCAAACACCCCCAAGUCAACAACAACAACAAAUAACAACAUCAGAUUCCCCUUUUAGACCUUUAUGUUCUUCAAAUCGUUCUGGACAAAUGAAUUUAUCUACACAAUCUUUGGCUGCAUUAUUUCCAUCUUCUAUUGGUUCUGGAGAAGAUUAUUCUAAAGGAGGGGGAAUUGAGAGGGGAAUAAUUAAUAAUAAUAACAACAAUGAAAAUACUACAACUCCGGCUAAUACUUAUUAUGGAUCUUCUAUGUCACUAAAUGCUCUCAAUUUGGGUUUCCUUGGUACUGGAAUGACUACAAACAACAACAAUAAUACUAACACUAAUAACAACUACGGCUUUCAACAACAACAAACACAACAAUUUGUCCAACCUCGUUUUGACCAACAACAAUUUGGAAUGUUUGGACAACAACAAACAAACACACCAGAUAAUACAAACAUUCAACAACAACAACAAAACCUCCUUUUGACUUUGUUGUUAAAUCAAAUAAUUGGCUCUCAACAACAAAUGCAGACUCCUCUACCUCCACAACUUGACCCUUCUCUCAACCUUUUACUUGGACAAUUAACAUCAACAUCAAGCUCAACUUCUGGAGGUCAAUUAAAUCAAUUAAUUUCAUUAAUUCAACAACAACAACAAUCUUCCACUAAUUCCCCUUCAUUUUCUUCAUCUAAUUUAUUAAUUCCUUUACUCGAAUUAAUUGCUCAAUCCCAACAACAACAACAACAACAAACAUCUAAUAAUAAUAAUAUUCAAUUGCCUUCAUUACAACAACAAAUACCUAUUUUUGGACAACAAACAACAAUUCCUUCAACAACGGGGAGUGGAGAAAAUUUUGGAUUAAAUAAUAAAUUUAGUUUUUCUGAUACUUUUAGUGAAGGUCUUCGUUUGGGAUUAGAUCCAUUAAAUAAUCCCCAACAACACCAAAGACAACCUCCAUUACCAACACCAAGUGUUACUUGUUUACCAAAUAAUUCUUCUUCCUCUUCUUCUACUCCACCUGAACGUAUAACAGAAACUUUAUGUUUAGCAUCAGAUUCUCGUCAUCGUUUAUAUGACCCACAAUUUCAACAAUUUUUGGGGAUUGUUAGAGAAUUGGAAAGGCAUAUGUUUGGGGGAAAUACAGCAAAUAUUCAAACAAGUUCCGGAAAUUUUCCAACAAAUAUAACACAAAAUAAUGAUGAUAAUGCUACACAAAAUGAAGUUAUUCAACAAAGAAAGCCAUCAACUCCAUCGUCUUUUAUUUUUUAA